AUUUCCAGAGGAAAAUUAUACAAAAAAAAAAACAGAAGAAAAGUAUUUUUUCACAGAAAGCACUGUGAUAACUCCAUAUAACAAAAAUAAACAGGGUACUUUGCAACUACCCCUUUCCAGGCAGCUACCCUCUGCACUCAGACUGCUUGCUCUGAGAUCAGGAGUUCUACUAAACAGCAUUUUGUAUGUUCUUUAAGUAGGUAAGUCUGCCUUUCCCAGCAGCCCAUGCUCUUAAAGACACAUUCAGCUACAACAAAGUUGAAAUUAUUAACAAAAUAAUACCUUCAUAUACAUUUUGCUUCCUAUCUCCCCAUAAUAGGAGCUUACAAUCUUAUUAUUCACAAAACAAACACAGGCAAAACCCCAUUAUCAGCAUAUAAGAAAAACACAUUUUGCUUACAUGUGACCUGCUGCAGCUUUUACCAAUUGGUAAUUAAGCUCAGUGCUUGCAUCCUGCAAACACCCAGUGCUUAGGUUUUGCUCCCAUUAUACCAAAUGGGAACAGACACACUUGGAUCCUGUUCUUUGAUACGCUUCUCCAGUUCUGCUCUGCACCUUGGAACUAAAACCUACUGCCACAAAAACCAUGACAGCCAAACAGUGGAUAGUGGGAUUCCUGAUCGUCUCAAUGAUAUUCCUGCUUCUGUUCUUUGUUAUUAGAAUGCAGAAAACACAGGUUGUGUUUCAGGAGAAACAAGUAGAAGACACAAAAAAUGAUGAUUUGAAUGACCUAGAAAAUUUAAAAAUGGAAAUAAUACAAUGCGAAAGGAAACUUCUGCUGCGUCGCCCAGAUAUAAGACAGAAAGCUGCUCUCAAAGUCCUCACUCCCUGGCUCGCACCUAUUAUAUGGGAUGGGACAUAUGACCUUCGGAUUUUAAACAACCAGUUAAAAGGCAAAAGGAUUGGACUGUUUGUGUUUGCAGUGAAAAAGUAUAUUCGAUUUCUCCUUCCAUUUUUGGAAUCGGCAGAACAACAUUUUAUGGUUGGGUACAAUGUAACAUAUUAUGCAUUCACUGACAACACUGCAGCAGUACCGAAAAUAAGUUUGGGUGCUGGACGCAUUUUGAACCUACUGGAGGUUGAAGCUGAUAAACGCUGGCAGGAUAUUUCGAUGAAGCGUAUGCAGAUCCUGGUUAACUUGACCCAUGAUCGGCUGCCAAAGGAGGUGGACUACUUGGUGUGUGCUGAUGUGGAUAUGGUAUUUAAUGACCAUGUAGGAGUAGAGAUAUUAGGGGAUCUAGUGGCCACUAUACACCCUGGACUAUUUCUUGCUCAACGUGAUGAGUUUACUUAUGAUCGGAACCCAGAAUCAGCAGCCUAUAUACCAUAUGGAGAAGGAGAUUUCUACUACAUGGCUGCUUUCUAUGGGGGGACAGUAGAAGAGAUUAAUAAACUUAGCACAUUUUGUCACAAAGGCAUUGUUGCUGACAAGAAAAAGAACAUUGAAGCUGUGUGGCAAGAAGAAUCUCAUUUCAAUAAGUAUCUUUUUUAUAAUAAACCCACUAAAGUCCUAUCUCCUGAAUAUAUCUGGGAUACUAACUUACCUAAUGGUGACCUGGUGAAAAAGAGGAGAUUCCUCGCUGUGCAUAAGAAUCACGAAGAAGUCAGGAACUAAGGCCCAUAGCGGUGGCAGUGAAAAAGACUAAAAUUGCCUGUCCAGAGACCCACAUUUUUACCAACUCUGACUCACAACUCUACCUGCAACCCAACAUGCUGCCCACCAUAAAACUGUUGAUUUUAGCACAGAAGUGUAGUUUUGUUGAAUAAAAAAAAAAAUGCCCUCGGUAGUGCAAUCGCAGUCAUUAUUUAAGUGUUUUACCUGCAUUUUUAGGCCAGUCUGUUAUUGCACUUGGAACCAGUGCUUGCCAAUCUUUAACCCUUUUGGUGCCAGCCGAUUUGGUACUUUUAUUGCCAGACCAUUUUUUUUUUAACUUUGUAUUUAUUAAAGCUUGACCGAAAAAAGACAUACAAUGGAAUGUAUUUCUCACAUGUAAACAUAUAGUUAUGAAUAAAGAACUUCUUGACAUACA